AUGAGGGAAAUAGUGCAUAUACAAGCUGGACAAUGCGGCAACCAGAUUGGUGCAAAGUUCUGGGAGGUUAUAUCGGACGAGCAUGGCAUCGAUCCAACUGGCACGUACCACGGCGACUCCGACCUUCAGUUGGAGCGUAUCAACGUUUACUACAACGAAGCCACCGGCGGUAAAUAUGUGCCCCGCGCCAUAUUGGUUGACCUCGAGCCGGGCACGAUGGACUCUGUGCGCUCCGGGCCGUUCGGGCAAAUAUUUCGGCCGGACAACUUCGUGUUCGGCCAGUCUGGCGCCGGCAACAACUGGGCCAAAGGGCAUUACACGGAGGGCGCGGAACUGGUUGACUCUGUCCUUGACGUUGUCAGAAAGGAGGCUGAGGGCUGCGACUGUCUCCAGGGGUUCCAGUUGACACAUUCUCUCGGCGGAGGCACGGGUGCCGGCUUAGGUACACUACUAAUAUCAAAAAUUAGGGAGGAAUACCCCGAUCGUAUAAUGAACACGUUUAGUGUUGUGCCAUCGCCGAAGGUGUCUGAUACAGUGGUGGAGCCCUAUAAUGCAACACUAUCCGUACAUCAACUGGUUGAAAACACUGACGAGUCGUACUGCAUUGACAACGAGGCUUUAUAUGACAUCUGUUUCCGCACUCUGAAGCUUACCACGCCUACGUACGGAGACCUGAAUCAUCUAGUGUCUGCUACAAUGUCUGGUGUCACUACUUGUCUCCGAUUUCCCGGUCAGCUGAAUGCGGAUCUUAGAAAGCUAGCUGUGAACAUGGUUCCGUUUCCUCGUCUUCACUUCUUUAUUCCUGGGUUCGCUCCUCUGACAUCUAGAGGCAGUCAGCAGUAUAGAGCUUUGACAGUUCCAGAGCUCACCCAGCAAAUGUUCGAUGCCAAAAAUAUGAUGGCCGCUUGUGAUCCACGUCACGGUAGAUAUUUGACGGUAGCGGCUGUUUUCCGGGGCCGGAUGUCGAUGAAGGAAGUAGACGAGCAAAUGAUGAAUAUUCAGAAUAAGAACUCGUCCUAUUUUGUAGAAUGGAUACCGAACAACGUGAAAACGGCUGUGUGCGAUAUACCUCCGCGAGGCUUGAAGAUGUCUGCCACGUUUAUUGGCAAUUCUACGGCGAUCCAGGAGUUGUUUAAGCGCAUAUCGGAGCAAUUCACGGCUAUGUUCAGGCGUAAAGCGUUCUUGCACUGGUAUACGGGGGAAGGUAUGGACGAAAUGGAAUUCACUGAGGCGGAGAGCAACAUGAACGAUUUAGUAUCGGAAUACCAGCAGUACCAAGAUGCAACCGCUGAGGAAGAAGGCGAAUUUGACGAAGAGGAAGAAGGUGGUGACGAAGGAGAU